CAGAGCUUGGACCUGCGGGAGUUUGUGGUCUGUGGACCGGGUUCCGGAAACAAGGUGAAAGGAGGUGAUUGUUUAAUUUUCACCAAAAUGUACAGGACAAAAGUGAGCUUAAAAGAUCGGCAGCAGCUCUAUAAAUUGAUCAUCAGUCAGCUGCUCUACGAUGGCUAUAUCAACAUUGCUAAUGGUCUCAUCAAUGAAAUCAAGCCUCAGUCUGUGUGUGCACCCUCUGAACAGCUCCUCCAUCUCAUCAAACUAGGAAUGGAAAAUGAUGAUAGUGCAGUUCAGUAUGCAAUUGGACGCUCAGAUACAGUUGCUCCUGGCACGGGAAUUGACCUGGAAUUUGAUGCAGAUGUUCAGACCAUGUCUCCAGAAGCUUCAGAAUAUGAAACCUGCUAUGUCACAUCUCAUAAAGGACCAUGCCGUGUGGCUACGUACAGUAGGGAUGGACAAUUAAUAGCUACUGGAUCUGCUGAUGCUUCAAUAAAGAUACUAGAUACAGAAAGAAUGUUAGCAAAAAGUGCUAUGCCAAUUGAGGUCAUGAUGAAUGAGACUGCCCAGCAGAAUAUGGAAAAUCAUCCUGUUAUCAGAACUCUAUAUGAUCAUGUGGAUGAAGUUACAUGCCUGGCUUUCCAUCCAACGGAGCAAAUCCUAGCAUCAGGUUCAAGGGACUAUACUCUUAAGUUGUUUGAUUAUUCCAAACCAUCUGCCAAAAGAGCCUUCAAAUACAUUCAGGAAGCUGAAAUGUUACGUUCAAUCUCAUUUCAUCCUUCUGGAGACUUCAUACUUGUUGGAACCCAACACCCAACCCUUCGGCUUUAUGAUAUCAAUACAUUUCAAUGUUUUGUGUCUUGCAACCCUCAAGAUCAGCACACUGAUGCAAUAUGUUCAGUUAAUUAUAAUCCUAGUGCCAACAUGUAUGUGACUGGUAGCAAGGAUGGCUGCAUCAAACUAUGGGAUGGUGUCUCAAAUCGCUGUAUUACUACAUUUGAGAAGGCACAUGAUGGUGCUGAAGUCUGCUCUGCAAUUUUUUCCAAAAAUUCAAAAUAUAUUCUCUCAAGUGGAAAAGACUCUGUAGCUAAACUAUGGGAAAUUUCAACAGGACGAACAUUAGUCAGAUAUACAGGUGCUGGUUUGAGUGGACGACAAGUACACCGAACUCAAGCAGUCUUUAACCACACAGAAGAUUAUGUAUUACUUCCUGAUGAAAGGACAAUUAGUCUUUGCUGCUGGGACUCACGAACAGCUGAACGAAGAAAUCUACUUUCACUGGGGCACAAUAAUAUUGUUCGUUGUAUAGUACACUCUCCCACCAAUCCUGGCUUCAUGACUUGCAGUGAUGACUUCAGGGCUAGAUUUUGGUACCGGAGAUCAACCACAGAUUAGAGAGUCUUCUUUAAAUAUUUUUCUUUUCUCCUGCUCCCCAGUCUGCCCUGUUAUUUUAUAUAGAAUAUAAAAAAAA